AUGUCCUUGGUGGAAGUGAUUGCGUCGAAAACAGAGUCGAUGAACUCGUCUCCGUGGUCGUGCAGUCCGGACUCGAACCGGUUUAGGUCAAGACUGGCCUCGCUGAGCCGUUUACACAAACCAUGUGACCCACAUUGGCAGGUAGACACCAAACUUGAACAGCAUGAUGGCCCACUUGAACUUACGCUGGAAGAAGUUGGCUGUUUUGGAGCACCCGGCUGCAUUACCGUCAGCGUCGUUAUCGUCAGGCAGGUCUUCCUGGACCAUCUGGUUCAAAUUGGACUUGGACGAGCCGUCCACGAGUCCAGUGAAGGUGAUUGGCUGGUCCACGUCCAGGAUGACGGGCUCGUAAUUAGGCACAAACUUGAGACUAAACUUGGACCCGUUUUCGAAAUGGAUGUAUCCAUCCUUAUCGAUUUUAACGUUUGGGUUUUUGUCCAGAAUGUCAAACGGAUUGACAUAGCUGAUCCCCGAGCACCACCACGAGGUCCUGAUAUCCGAACGAAUGUUGGAGUAAAGCGAAAUGUUCUUGAACUGGGCGAGUCCACGGAAGAACACCGUAUUAGGCAAAGACAUGAGUUUUAA